ACUAACCCUGCAAACAUGUCUGGAAAACCAGUUUGCGUUGCUGAUUUUGAAGAGUAUGCUAAGAAAUUCCUCCCCAAAUCAGUCUAUGAUUAUUACCGAUCCGGAGCAGAUGACCAGCAAACACUUGCAGAAAAUGUAGCAGCAUUUUCAAGAUGGAAGCUUUACCCCCGGGUGCUCAGGGAUGUGUCAGUAAUGGACUUGUCAACUACAGUCCUAGGGCAGAAAAUCAGCAUGCCCCUCUGCGUUGGAGCGACGGCGAUGCAGCGCAUGGCUCACCCUGAUGGAGAGACAGCUACUGCUAAAGCCUGCCAGGCAAUGGGAACAGGGAUGAUGCUGAGCUCCUGGGCCACCUCUUCCAUUGAAGAAGUGGCUGAAGCAGCUCCAGAUGGCCUGCACUGGCUGCAGCUUUAUGUGUACAAGGACCGGGAGGUUACCAAAUCCCUCGUGAGGCGUGCAGAGAGAGCAGGCUACAAAGGGAUCUUCGUGACAGCAGACACACCGUUCCUCGGCAGGCGCAUCGAUGACGUGCGCAACAAGUUCCAGCUUCCUCCCCACCUCAGAUUAAAAAACUUUUCAAGCAGUGACUUGGCAUUCUCCUCAGGGAAAGACUUUGGAGAAAAUAGUGGACUAUCUGUGUAUGUUGCUGAGGCAAUUGAUCCAAGCAUCAACUGGGAGGAUAUCAAGUGGCUACGAGGGCUGACCUCUCUGCCCAUCAUCGUGAAAGGAAUCCUCAGGGCUGAUGAUGCCAAAGAAGCUGUAAAGAUUGGGGUAAAUGGUAUUCUGGUGUCAAAUCAUGGAGCACGACAGCUUGAUGGGGUCCCUGCAACUAUUGAUGUCUUGCCUGAAAUCACUGAGGCUGUGGAGGGGAAGGUGGAGGUUUUCCUAGAUGGUGGUGUACGAAAAGGCACAGAUGUUAUCAAAGCUUUAGCUCUCGGUGCCAAAGCUGUAUUCAUUGGAAGACCUCUCAUCUGGGGCUUGGUUUAUCAAGGUGAAGAGGGAGCAAAAGAAGUUCUCCAGAUGCUGAAGGAGGAGUUUCGCCUGGCAAUGGCACUGUCAGGAUGCCAGAGAGUAGAAGAAAUUGGCAGAACGCUGAUAAGAAGACAUGAAGUAUUAUUUUCCAAGAUUUAAGACUGAAGACCAUCGCCUCCUGUGUUGCCCUUGCAUACAAAGUGUGCUACCAGACAAAAAGUUUCCACGUUUGCUAUUUGGGCCUCAUCCUGCAAUCCUGACUGGGAUAGGGUGGUCUAUAGGAGAUCGUUUGUUCGAGAAACUACUUGAUGCAAAUUUUACAGAUGGUUCUAAAUUCUCCUGGGCUCUUAAAGAAAGCUGCUCUACUGGGAGCUGUGAUUAGAGAUGGGCCUUUAUACUAGACCAACAGCAUCUUUGAGGAGUUUUGUAACAAAUACCUUUAUUAACAUAAAUGCCUGGAAGUAACUUAGUUAUUAAAGUGAAACUAUAAACAGAAAUAUUUUUAUAGCAAACAGCUAUCAAAAUGCAGAAAUUUAAAAUGUAAGAGAGAUUACUUGCUCACUGUUUACAGAAACUACACAAAACCCAUGGAAAUUAAAUCUUGCUUUCUCGCAUCAG